UGCGUUAUAGGAUCUUAGCUUUAUGCCCUUAUCUUUUAUGGAGGUGGGAGUGGAAUUCAGCGUCAGGGCGAAAGGCUUGAGUCAAUACUCAUGUUCAAAUCCUCGCCAUAGUACGCUGGGAUUUGGAGCUCUCAAAGCGGACAGGCGAGUUAUAAGUACCAGAAGUAGAAAUUUUCAUGCCAGGGUUGCGACUGGAGAAUCUCAAGUGGGGGAAGUGGAUAGCAAAGUCGAGGAGAGCGUUCUGGUGCUAAAGGCCGCUGCCAAGAGCAAGAAAAUCCCAGGUCCAGAGGUGUUUGCGGCAUUUAGAGUUUUGGAGAAAGCCCGCGUGGAUCCAUCCAAUUUUCUAGAGACUCUGGGAGGAAGUAGUGGAGCUGAGCCAAGGUGCUGGAUGCUUGUCUUCACUUCUGGAGCCAAAGUGGUGAGAGAAGCUUUGAAAGGUGGUGGUGGAGGUGGCACAUACUUCCCAUUCACCGCUGUGCAGCAAUACAAUGCCACUACAAAGAGCAUACAAAACGGGCUCUACCUCGGCCCUCUUGGUGUGCUGGAAUUCAUGGGACGCUUCUCAUGGUCCAAGAACAAGCUCUUCUUCAUCUUCGAUUCCCUGAGCUUCAAGGUUGGGCGUCUCGGCCCCUUCCAAUUCGCGAUCAGCAAGAAAGAAGAGCUGGAUCGAGAGCCCGGGAACAAAGAUCCCUUCUUCAUCUGGUUCUACGCGGACGAAGAAAUCGUCGUUGGAAAGGGGCGAGGAGGAGGCAUUGCUCUGUGGGUGCGUUGCAAUCGAAGAGUUUGAACCUCAGCCGCUAGAUCAGAAACUGCAAAUCUCAGGCGUUGGUUUUAAUCGCAUCGUGGCCGUCUGUUCUGAA